CUCAGGCAAUCUUUCUCUCUUUCUCUUUCUCAUUUUGUCUCUCUUUCUCUAUCUCAGAGGCAAGUUUCUUUGAACAACUUUUCUGGUGAUUUUUUUGUCCCUUUCUCGUUUGAUUUUACUCUGAAAAAUUCGUCCUUUUUCUCUCAGGAUCAAUAGUUUUUUCUUCUUAAUCGCUUUCUUUUCCAGAACCCUCUCAUCGUCUUAGGGUUUAUAUUAAGUUCGUUUUUUUUCAUCUUCUGUAUUGGAUCAUCAUAAUAAUUUUUGGAUAUCGGAAAAUGUAGCUUUUCUGAGAUUUCUCCUGAUUCUUAUUAGCUGACAUUUGAGAAAAAAAACUCAGCUUUGUCUUUUUUACAUUUAAUCAUUUUUGUCUGAGACAAUUUUCUGAUUGAAUGAUGUUCAGGUUACUUGGUGAGAGGAAGUUUAAUCGGCGCUACAAAAUUGCACUUCUUUCGCCAUGAAUUCGAAUUUAGAGGAACAAAAGAAAGGAAAGUAUGUUCUAAUCCGUGAUGAUGCUGAGGACUCUGAGUUAGGACAAUUCUAUAAGCCCCUUCCUUGCUUCGGUUUUGGAAUCGGAUGGUUCUCGUUUCUUCUAGGAUUCGUCUUCCCGUUUGCGUGGUACGUUGCUACAUUUCUUUAUUUGAUCAGCUAUUACCAUAGAGAUCCUCGGGAAAGAUCUGGUCUUGCUGCCUCUGCUAUAGCUGCUUUGAUAUUCUCUGUUGCACUUGUGAUCACCGUGCUUGUGCUUGUUUUCUCGGGUCGCUAGGGUCUUGCUACAGAUUGCAUAUUCUUUCUGAGUUUCAAAGGAAAACAGCUAGCUUCUAAGUCUGUUUCCACAACAAGUUAAAAAAACUUCAAUUUGAUGAAGAGAAUUUCGGUUUCGAAGAGAGUGUACUGCUAGUCUUUUUAGAAUCAAAAUUUGGUUUGCUUUGUACAUAAGUCAGUGUAUACAUUUAAACAAUCGAAAUGUGAUAUAUAACUCUUGGAGAUCUAUGUAUUGUAAGCCAGACAAUAACCCUAGCCAAGGUUAUGUACUUAUGUCUGGUUCUUAUCUUCCUUCUUCAAAGCUUUUUCUUUCUUUCUUAUUGACCCUCAAGAAACAGAGAAAAGAAUGGAACUAAGGGUAGAAGCUUUGACGAUUAGGAUUUGUAUUGCCUCUAUGUCGUGUUGUUUGAAUCAUCAUCUCAUCAUCAUCAAUUAUUUUAUAAAAGCUGCACCUUGGAACCUCA